AUGAAAUGCACAGAUGAAGAUUUGUUUUUGUUGGAUCGAAGUGGUAAAAAAAAUUCUUUAAGUCGACGUCAAAAAGCAACCAUCAAUAACCGUCAAUUACUAAAAAAAAUUUCCGAUAUGCCGGAAGAUAUUGGAUCAUUUAAGGAGCUGCGAUCUUUUCCUAUAAAGCAGCGCCAGCCGAAAGCAAUCUUAUCAAAGAAAAAGAAGUUCUUACAGCCGUAUGAUAUUUGGGCCGAUGGAGAUGAAAAGGGAAUUUCUUUUGAAAAAGAAUAUUUUUUGAAGGCGACAAAAAAGCUCUUGCCGAAAAGGCCAAAAACACUUCAGCAAAUUCCUAGUCUCCUUCCUCCAGUUGAAGUUUCAUCCGUUGGUACUUCAUACAAUCCACCUGCCUCCGAUUACCAGAAAUAUAUUAGUUCAAUUGUUGCUGAUGAAAUACAAUUGUGUAACGAAGAGAAUAAAAUUCAGAAAGCUCUUAGAAUCGCUCCGAAUGAAUGUUUUGUUAUUAAAGAAGAUAGAAUGGCCGAGGAAAGGGCAGGUUUAUUUGAUGGUGAUGAAAGUAAUGACGAGGAAAACGAUAGUGGUGAUAAGGAAAUCACAGUAAAUAAAUCUAAAACGAAGACAAUGAAAGCAAAACGCAAGGAAAAGGUAGAAAAGAGAAAAAGAUUCUCUAUCGAAAGAGAAAAAGCUGUAAAGAUUCAAGAAAAUGCAAUAUUUUCGGUCAAACGAUUUAACAAAGAAAUAAUGCAGCAGCUUAGUGAAAUUGAGGAACGAGCAAAACUACGUGAGGAGAAAAAAAUUUUGAAAAGCCUUUAUGGUACCAAAAAGUUGGGACGAGGGAAAUUUGCAGAACCUUAUCAGUCAUUUUUGCUUCCCGAGGAAUUACCUUCAUCUUUAUGUCAGUUACAGCCACAAGAUAAUAUUAUAGCAAUGAGAUUCAAAAGUAUGCAGAAGAGGAAUAUGCUGCCAGUAUUCGUUGAAAAAUUAAAAUCUAACAAGAAAAGGCGAAAGUUGAAAUUCAAGCAUGUUGAGAAGCGGUCGCAUAAAGAGGUUACGAUUAAUAGUAAAGUAAUGUAG